AUGCAGUUUCACACGAGUCACGUCGUCUUCUGGCUCGGCGCCGUAUCCGCCGCGGGCAUCUUUUAUACCUUUGCUCUCGUCGUUUACCGCGUCUUUUUCCACCCUCUGGCCAAGUAUCCCGGCCCCUUCCUAGCCAAAAUCACCGACGGCUACCAGCUCUAUCACGCUGGAAAGGAGACCGACAUCUCCAGUUCUGGCGUCUUCACCAAAAAUACGGUCGCCUGCCCCAUCGUCCGCUUCGGCCCCAACGCCGUCUCCUUCAACUCGUCGCCCGCCCUCCGCACAAUCUACUCCUUCCGCUCCAACGUGCGCAAAGCCCACUUUUACGAUGCCUUUGUCCACCCGGCGCCCAACACGCACAACACGCGCGACCGCGAGGUCCACGCCCGCAAGCGCCGCGUCAUGAGCCACGCCUUCUCCGAGUCCGCCGUCAAGGAGAUGGAGCGCUACGUGCUCGCCAACAUUCGCACGUUUUGCGACGCCGUGGGGCUCCGCACCGGCGAGAGCGCCGACGAGAAGAAAGGGUGGGGUCCGGCAAGGAACAUGAGCGACUGGUGCAAUUACUUGGCCAUGGAUAUCCUGGGGGAUCUUUGCUUCGGAAAGGCGUUUCGUAUGUUGGAGACGGAUGAGAAUCGGUAUGCUUUGGAUUUGGUUGCGGCUGCGACGAAGCGACAUUUGAUUUGCGGAACGAUGCCUCUUGUCGGCGAGCUCGGCAUCGACAAGGUUCUCUUCCCCGGCGUGGCGGCCGGUAGGGCUCGGUACAUGGCGUACAGCAAGUCGCAGCUGAUGGAACGAACCAAGCUCGGAGACGACACGGACCGCCGUGAUUUCUUCUACUACCUGCUCAAGGCCCGCGAUCCCCACACCGGCGCCGGCUUCACAACCCCUGAGUUGUGGGCCGAAUCCAACUUGCUCAUCAUUGCCGGAUCCGAUACCACCUCGACGGCCAUGGCCGCCACGCUCUUCUACCUCGUGCGCAGCCCCACGGCCCUCAAGCGCGCCACAGAGGAAGUCCGCUCCAAGUUCACCGACGUCGAGGAGAUUCGCCAAGGCGGCGCCCUCAGCGCCUGCACCUACCUGCGCGCCUGCAUCGACGAGGCCAUGCGCCUGUCCCCUCCGUCGGCGGCCUCCUCCCGCGCGAGGUGCUCGCCGGCGGCAUGA